CUUCAUACAGCACGCCACAAUAUGCAACAAAGUUGACAAAUCUUCCGAGCCACACCCAAAUCCGUUCUUGGGGGAACGAACAUCGCUCGGAAGAUCGUCGGCUUUCCCAUUCUUCCCAAGCAGAGCAGUCAUUCGGAUCUCUCACCCGUUGGACCAAGUUACCAACAGCCAUGGACAUCAACAACACCAGCGUUAUAAAAGACCCAAUUGCCGGCAGUGGUCUUGCAGCGAGCCAAGAUAUCGGUAUCGGCGAUGUCAUCAUCCAGCUCUCUUCUCCUUAUCUUCUGGUAGUGGAAAAAGAGGCGCUCGACAAAGUCUGCUCGUUCUGCCUAAUUGAGGCCUCGCCGCUUAAAGACGCUCCACCACUCAAGAGAUGCAGCGCGUGCAAAGUCCCGCGGUACUGUUCUUCCGAAUGCCAUAAGAAGGACUGGCUCGCCGGGCACCUGAAAGAAUGUCCCAUUCUGAAGAGCCUGCCAGACAUUCCCCCAACACCUGUUCGUGCUUUGAUCCAACUCCUCCUUCAGCACCAGCAUGGCGCCUCUUUGAAUCCACGGUGGGCGGCCCUUGAAUCCCAUGUUGAAAACUUGAAGAUGAAUCGAAAGCGGUGGGACGACAUUGUGCUUCAGGCUCAGGGUGCUGUUGCGUUUUCGAAGAGUCCGCAAGAUCGGAUAGAGCUUGCCAUCCAGGUUCUCUGCCGGAUGAUCACCAAUGCAUUUCGUGCUACGCUAGCGGAUGAUACCCCGGUUGGGCUCUGCUUUGAGCCUAUCUUGGCGCUAGCCAAUCACUCAUGCAGUCCGAAUGCUGUAGUCGUGUUUAAUGGGCGAUCUGUAGCAUUGCGGGCACUGGAAUCAAUUGGAGAAGGAGAGCAAGUCUUCAUCUCUUACAUUACCGCCACGGAGGACCGGACGUCAAGACAAACGAACCUCAAACAGAGAUACUUCUUCGACUGUCAAUGCGGGAAGUGCAGCAAAGACGAGAGUCCGUACUCCACAUUCCUGCGCUACGCUCCGAAGGCAGAGGGGAGAGUUGACUUGCUGUGCAACAGCGACUCUCUGACCCGCAACGCUGAAAAUCUCGUGAGCCGCUACAAGCGAACAAAUGUCGGGGGUGGCUGUCCCAUUGACUUCAGCAAGGCGACCAGCUAUCUCCAGCAGAGCCAAACAAUGAACACAUACCCAGGGGCGAAGACCCCAGUGCUCAAGAAAGCCGCCUGUGCGUGUGAGCCAGACAGGGGGGAAUUCGCGCUCCACCCAGUCCCUAAGAUCAUGCACGAGAUAUACUUGAACUACCUCGAUGGCCGCGAUUGGCUCGACGCACUGGUAAUCCUUCUCUUCUUGUUUCUAGAAUGCGAUGUCUACAACUACCCACAACCACACCACCCGGUACGUAUCAUCCGAUUGAUUAGCAUCGCUAGACUACUCAAAGAAAUCUCAACACGUUCGCCUCUGGCCAACAAAGCCUCAGCUGGGGAUGCGAAACUCCAGCCUAAGCUUCACCGUGCGAUCGAAGAUUUCGAUUGGAUCAACUCAGUCCAUGCGAUCAUGAUUCUCGUCGUGGAACAAGCACCGAAGAGCCAUGGAAAAGACAGUAUAUUUAUGAGGAGGGUUGAGGCCGAGCUGAGAUCUGUGGAAGAGGCGAAAAGGCUCAGGCGUGAAGUGGGAGGGCGUUUACGAGAGUGGAUGACCGAUGCAAAUUCUGCAGAAGGUAAAAAGGAGGCGAAAACGAUCAUGGAGGCGUUGAGGAAGCUGUCAGAAUGUGCAUGGGAGCUGGUGACUACUACUCCAUGAUGGUAUGUGAAAGGGGAAAAACAAAAUGGGAAGUACGCAUCACGAACAUUGGAGGAUUCAACAUAUUAUGAUUUGAAGAGUUGGAUGGGGGUGCGCCAGCCUCGUCUCAUGAUUGCGAUGACUGAAAGCCACAUCUUUUAUGGCCAUUCUUUGGCGAAUUGCCCGUCCCAAGGCCUAUCUGGACGCGCUCCAGCUCUGGUAGUGUACGAGCCAUGUGUAUGUUUACGGCAACCUAGUAUCAACGGAUCUCCUCACUGCACAUACUUUUGAAAUUCUG